UCGCUGUUGCGUGCGCGCCCCCGGGCGGCUGUCGCGUGGUGCUGAUCGCUGAGGGGAGAAUUAGGCCGAGAGCUUCACUGCAGGAUUUAUUAAUAAUUUUUACAACAUUUUACAUGUUUUAAUGAGAAUCCGCCAUUCUGCGGCUCAGAGCGAAGCCGAGUGGAGCAGGAGCGAAGGAAGAGACACACAAGAGGGACUUUUUGUGGUUUAAGUUGGACAGCACGUUCACGUUGGGCGAAAGGAGGACCGGAGACAUGGCCACUCAGGUGGAGACUCUCCUGCACAACAGCACCACCACCAACCCCACUCCGCUCCUGCAGCAGGAGGACCUCCAGCCGCCCGCCGGACACGGAGCGCUCACCGCGGGGCCGAGCUCGAGGCAGGCCGGAGAGGAGCGCAGUCUGCAGGGGAACGAGACCGGGGAGGAGAAGAAGGAGUUCAGAGAGGCGCCUCCGCCCAAAGUCAACCCCUGGACCAAGAAGCUCAACUCGGUGACGGUGAACGGACAGACCGGGCACGAGCAAACUGGACCAGCAAAAGUGGUGAGAGCAGGAAACCCCCGAUCCAGGAGAGGAGGAAAGGUUGGAGAUUUUGGAGAUGCAACCAACUGGCCGACACCCGGAGAGAUCGCCACCAAGGAAGUGCAGGGGUGUAAGAAGGCGUCAGUGAAGAGGGAGUCUAAAGAGAAGAGAGACAGUGAGGAGACUAAAGAGAACCAGAAGACAAAAUCAGAUGAUUCAGGAGAGGAGAAAAACGGAGAGGAAGACAUGCACAAGAACAACAUUCACAAGAAGAAAGGAAAUAAACACAGGUGGGUUCCUCUGAUGAUCGAGGUGAAGUCUGAGGGACCACGAGAGCGCUCAGCCUCCAGGAACAACGCACGCCAGGGGGAAACUCCCAGAAUGCACCAUGCCAACAGGAACGACCUCAGAGACUGGCACAGUGGGAAAUAUGAACGUGAUCAGUUCAGAGAUGAUCAUGAUGAGGUUUCGAGUGUGAAAAGCGAGGGAGCGCCGUUCAGAGGAGGGUUCAGAGGACGAGGAAGGGGGCGGGGACGUGGAAGAGGACGAGGACGAGGAGGACGAGGUCAGUAUGACUAUCAGUAUGGCUACAAGUACGAGGGGAAGGACGGAGUGUACAACCCCAAAUACACGCAGUCCGUGACCUAUUACUAUGACAGUGUGAGCAGCACUGAGUUAUACAGUGUGGACCAGGACCUGCUGAAAGAGUACAUCAAGAGACAGAUAGAGUACUACUUCAGUGUGGGGAAUCUGGAGCGGGACUUUUUUCUCAGGAGGAAGAUGGAUGAAGGUGGCUUCCUGCCUGUAGCCCUGAUUGCGAGCUUUCACCGUGUUCAAGCGCUCACUACUGACAUCCACCUCAUCACCGAGGCUCUAAAGGACAGUAAGGAGGUGGAGAUUAUUGAUAUGAAAAUUCGGUGUAGAGAGGAUCCAGAGAAAUGGCCUCUUCCUGGGUUAAUGCUUCCUGAACACACACACACUGACUUCUCCCAACUCAUCCACUGCCCUGAAUUCAUCCCCCGCAGCACAGCUGACACACCUCACACAGGUUCUCCUCAUAUGCCAUCCUCAGCUGAACAGAAACAGGAGGAAGUGUGUAACCUGAAGACGAUGCCAAAGGGUUUAUCAGCGAGUCUCCCUGAUCUCGACUCGGAGUGCUGGAUAGAAGUGAAGAAGCGGCCACGCCCCUCACCAGCCAGACCAAAAAAGCCGGAGGACCCUCGGAGUGCCCUUACUGCAGGGGAUCAGGAUGAGCCUGAGGAGCUGGACUUCUUGUUUGAUGAGGAGAUGGAGGCGAUGGAUGGGCGGAGGAACACCUUCACCGAGUGGACGGAUGACGAGUCAGAUGGAGAGAUCGAUGAUCACGAUGUCAACAAGAUCCUGAUCGUGACUCAGACGCCACCGUAUCUGCGCAAACACCCUGGGGGCGACCGGACGGGCAACCACGUCUCCCGCUCCAAACUCACUAAUGAGCUCGUUAAGGUCAUUAACGAUGGGCUGUUCUACUAUGAACAGGACCUGUGGCACGACACGUACGAGCCCGAGUACGCUACCAUCAAGCAAGAGGUGGAGAACUUUAAGAAGGUUCACCUGAUCAGUCGUGAGCAGUUUGACUGUUUGACCCCUGAACCCCCCAUCGACCCCAACCAGGAAGUGCCACCCUGUCCGCCCCGCCCACAACACAUUCCUACAGAUGACCUGGCGAAUAAGCUGUUCGGAGCGCCGGAGCGAUCCAUGAUGGCACGCUCUCUCCCCACUGCUGUUCCCGACUCACCCGGAUACAGAGCGCCACAUACUCCUCACACACCCCGCACACCACGCUGCAAACAUAACACACACACACCUCGCUUCUACCCUGUCAUCAAGGAGGGCCGGCCUGUGGAUGCCAAGACGCCGCGCAAAAGGAAGACGCGUCACAGCUCAAAUCCACCAAUGGAGUGUCACGUCGGUUGGGUGAUGGACUCGCGAGAACAUCGAUCACGGACUGCGUCCGUCAGCUCUAAUGCGAGUCCUUCUGAAGGUACGGCAGCGUUGGGGAACAUCGGCUGCACUCCUCAGUCUCUCCCAAAAUUCCAGCAUCCAUCACACGAGCUGCUGAAGGAGAACGGCUUCACACAGCAUGUCUACCACAAAUACAGACGGCGCUGUCUCAAUGAACGUAAGCGGUUGGGGAUUGGUCAGUCUCAGGAGAUGAACACACUCUUCCGUUUCUGGUCGUUCUUUCUGCGUGAUCACUUUAACAGGAAAAUGUAUGAGGAGUUCAGACAGCUGGGAGUCGAGGACGCCAAGGAGGGUUACAGGUACGGGUUGGAAUGUCUAUUCCGUUAUUACAGUUAUGGUCUGGAGAGGAAGUUCAGACCCGAAAUCUUCAAAGACUUCCAGGAGGAAACCAUCAAAGAUUAUGAAGCAGGUCAGCUGUAUGGUCUGGAGAAGUUCUGGGCUUUUCUCAAAUAUUCUAAAGCUAAGAAUCUGGAGAUCGACUCCAAACUGCAGGAGUAUCUGCGUAACUUCAGACGCCUGGAGGACUUCAGAGUUGACCCUCCUAUAGAUGAAGGUCGUAAGCGUCACUCCUCCAGUGGUGAUGGGCGUCGCCAUCACCUGUCUCAGUCCUCUGCUCGCCAUGCCCACACACCUGACCACGCCCUGGAGCCAAAGCCUGGCCCCUCCCCUGCCGCUGACUCUGGCCAGUGAUCCACUGAGUGAAACCAACGCCGCCAUCCUCACCAUUACCUGCCCGUUACCCAUAAUCCUCUGGGGUCCAGCUGCUCACGCAUGUGUCACGGUGUGGACUGUGCGCCAUGGUGCGGAGGACGGAUCGAGUGCCUCCCUUCAGACGUGAUUUAUUUUGACAUUUUUACACCCGAGAGGCUGCUGAAGGGGAAACUGUUCCACUCCUCAGUUUUAUUCUCAUCAUUUCUUUAUUUUUAUUUGGACAUCACACUCAGCGUGACCUUUGACCUUUCCAGCCUGGACCCGUAUGAUUGGCUGAGAGUUGGGUGGUGAUGUUUGUUUUGGGUUUGAGCUGUUUUGACUCUGCUUGCUGUUAAAUGAAGAGGGAUGAAGACUGAAAGUUGGAGCCGAGCCUCAGAACAUUUCUCAUCACUCUCUAUUUUUCCACAGUUGCCUUAUUUUACUGAGUUUUUCUGCUUAUUGUGCGCUGGACACCUUAAACCCCUCCCCUGUCCACCAUCACCCCUUCCCCCACAUGUGCUGUGGGCGGUGCCUCCCCUCAUCUGUGUCUUCCGUGUGCUUUGUUCUGGACCGUAAGCGUCCUCUCACUGUGUUUGUGUCCGUGUUGACGCCCAGCGUCCGUACUUCAUCACAAUUACUUGAACGAGAGGAGAGGAACAGGUGAGAACAUCUGAUCAUGCUGCAGGUGCUCAAGAACUUUAACAUAAGAUGGAGGAAUAAAAACAAAAUCUAAACCCCCCUUUAAACACAGAGCUCCAGAUAUUAACUCACCUGAGAAACCACACCCCUUUUUCUCACAUGCCUGAUGGAUGGGCGGAGAAAUGAACUGGGCGUUGCUCUCCACUCCUCAAACAGAAGUAUGACUCCACCCUUAAACAGGCCCCGUCCACUUAAUCCUGAAAGAUUAUCCAGAGGGACGGACAGAGGGGGCAUGGCCUCACCCAAGACCAGAACACGCCCCUGUAUUUUCUGAUUAAUUAUAUUCACCUUGUGUACAAUAUUUUUAGUUUUAUUGUCCCUGAUUUUUUUUAACACCUUUUAAUUUUUCUGUAUUGUAGCUAUGCUAAAAUUCAGUGCCAUGUGAGAAAAAUAGGAACAUUAUAUAAAUAACUGCAGCUCUUCUCACAUUUACAUAUUAAACACUUAGAGCUAAAUUGGUUAACAAGCUCGUUUUUGAGCAAAGUUCAUCUUGAAUGAAAUUCUUUGUUCUAAAUUAGUUUCUUCAAUUUUUGAAUGAGGAGGAGGAAAAAAGGUCACACUUUUUUAAUUUCUAAGUUUAGUUAUUCUUUUUAUUUUAACCACAGUGGGUUAAAUUUAUGUUAAGGGACAAUAAAUAAUGAACUGGUAAUUAACAGCAUUAUUCCAUAAAGCCAUAGAUAUUUAAGGUAAACCGCUGUGUGAGGGUGUUAGUGUUAAUAUUUCAUCACUCGUGAAAAUGAUGAGGGGGGAAAUGAACAAAAAAAAUCCCCCAAAUGUAAAAUACUUGAAUGAAUGUGUAUGAUAUCAGUGAAUAUUCUCGCGCUCUGCUCUGUAGGCUGAUGUGAUUUGGCUCUUAGUGUCAUUUGUAAUUUGUAGUACUUUUUGCUUUUCCUUAAUGAAUAAAAAAAAAAUAUAUAAAAUGGACUAAAAAAAAAAACCUUAAACUGUUUGUUUGUUGUUUUACACUGGCUGUGUGCGCUCUGCUGCCCCCUGCUGCUAAACACAGGAAUGCAGCCGAGUCUCAUUUCAGCAGGUACAGAGAGGGUUCUCACUGCAGAACCCAAAGUCCCGGGGUGGACUCGGACCUGAUCACGUGUGUGUUAUGGGUAAAUACCUGGAGUGUUUGUGGUGCUGUGAAUUGAUCGGAUUUCAGGUGAAUGUUAAUUGGUUGAGUUGAGGAGGCGUGUCCUGUACAGUAACACUUUCCUUCAUUACGUCCUUGACUUCAUGUCUUUGCUCCGCCCUUCCUCUCUCCUUUGCCCCCACUGACUCGCGUGUCUGUGUUCAGAUCCCCGCCGGCAGCAGAACAAUAAAUAAACCAGAACGCACACUUCCUGCUGUAACGCCUGUGUCCUCUGUUAUUUCUCUAAAUAAUUAAUUUAUUAUGCAUUCUGAAUUAAAGAGCUGUAUUCUGUAA